CCCGCGCGCCGUGAUGACGCACUCCCGGCGGGCCCCGCAGUGCCGGCUCCCCGUCCUCGCGCGCUCCGGGCCGCGCGGGAGUGACCGACGCUAUGAAGGAGACGCCGCUCUCCAACUGCGAGCGCCGCUUCCUGCUCCGCGCCAUCGAGGAGAAGAAGCGCCUGGACGGCCGGCAGACCUACGACUACCGGAGCCUGCGGGUGUCCUUCGGGACGGACUAUGGGUGCUGCGUGGUGGAGCUCGGGAGAACGAGAGUUCUUGGACAGGUUUCCUGUGAACUUGUUUCUCCAAAGCUCAAUAGGGCAACAGAAGGUAUUCUUUUUUUUAACCUUGAACUUUCUCAGAUGGCUGCCCCAGCUUUUGAGCCUGGCAGGCAGUCAGAUCUUUUGGUGAAGUUGAAUCGGCUCUUGGAAAGAUGUCUAAGAAAUUCAAAGUGUAUAGACACUGAAUCUCUCUGUGUUGUUGCUGGUGAAAAGGUUUGGCAAAUACGUGUGGACCUACAUUUAUUAAAUCAUGAUGGAAAUAUCAUUGAUGCUGCCAGCAUUGCUGCAAUUGUUGCCUUAUGUCACUUCCGAAGGCCUGAUGUCUCUGUUCAAGGAGAUGAAGUAACUCUGUAUACUCCUGAAGAGCGUGAUCCUGUUCCACUGAGUAUCCAUCAUAUGCCCAUUUGUGUCAGUUUUGCUUUCUUUCAGCAAGGAACAUACUUACUGGUGGAUCCCAAUGAACGAGAAGAGCGUGUGAUGGAUGGCUUGCUGGUGAUUGCCAUGAAUAAGCAUCGAGAAAUUUGUACCAUCCAAUCCAGUGGAGGGAUAAUGCUGCUGAAAGACCAAGUUUUGAGAUGCAGCAAAAUAGCUGGUGUGAAAGUAGCAGAAAUAACAGAGCUAAUCCAGAAAGCAUUGGAGAAUGAUCAGAAAGUUAGGAAAGAAGGUGGGAAGUGUGGCUUUGCAGAAUCUAUGGCACAUCAAAGGAUCACAGCAUUUAAAAUGGAAAAGGCCCCCGUUGAUACCUCUGCUGUGGAGGAGAAGGCAGAAGAAAUCAUUGCUGAAGCUGAACCUCCUUCAGAGGUUGUUUCUAAGCCUAUACUAUGGACUCCUGGGACUGCCCAGAUUGGAGAGGGCAUAGAAAAUACUUGGGGUGAACUUGAAGACUCUGAGAAAGAAGAUGAGGAUGAAGGUGGCAGUGAGGAAGCUAUCGUUCUUGACAGUAUCAGCAUGGACACUGUAAUGGAAGUCUCUAAUACUGGAAGUCAAGAUGCCCCUAUAGUACUCUCAGACAGUGAAGAAGAAGAGAUGGUCAUUUUAGAACCAGACAAGACUCCAAAGAAAAUAAGAACACAGACCAUCACUUUAAGAGAAGAAAAAUCACUCAGUAAAAAGCCAGUGAGAAAAAGAAAAAAGAAGAAAGCCGCUAAUUAAAGCUCAUAUUUGUCUAUUUGUGUAACUAUUAAAAAGUUUAUAUAACUGCUAACGA